AUGAUGAGCCAUGCGGCCAUUGACCUCUUGGAAGCUUGCAUGUGGAGCUGCCGGUACAGGGGAAACAAAGGUUCCAACAAGAGCUUUUCCAAAUUUCUGCGCAUUUGCACAGCCGUCGCACCUCUGUAUGUCUACGCUGAGUCUACACAUCAGCUCAAGGAGUACUUCUCAGCCAUGGGAUUCGCUGCACCAUUCGAUUUCAGUACGGAGCAAAUGACUGGUGGAUCUGCUGGCUUCGGUCCGGAGCAGGAUGAGCGGGAGCAAACUGAGCACACGCUGCGUGAACUAUCGCGCCGGUUUCAGAAGGUCCUGUCGGCCGAUAAGGAAGUCUGCCAACAGAUCAGUGAAGAAAUGGCCAUGUUGGAAAAGGAGCUGGCGCGGCUUGAAGAGACCACGCUCCAGGUCGAAAAUCAGUACAGGCAAGACUCACAGGCCAAUGAUCGGCUGGCCGAGGAAGCCCAGCAGCUUCAGCACAAAGUGGCCGAAGCCCAACAGAGGCUCCUGGAGCUUAGGGAUGAUUGCCGGGCACUGAAUCUCGAGAGCCUUUCGUUACGCAGAGAUCGCAACCAUUUGGUGGAGGAGCUUGGCUUCUUGCAGCGGUCUCUCGACGAUGAGAUGCACACGCUGCACGCGCUGGAGCAGAUGAAUGCCAACUUCCAGGCCUUUCAUGAUGACAUGGAAGCCAACGCCGAGUUGCUCCUGCACCAGCGUAAAGAACUCAUGGGCCAGGUCAGCAAGGAACGCGAGCUCUCGCGACAGGAUGCUCGUCAAAACAACGAGCUUCGAAACCUGCUGGAACGCAGGAAGCGCGAGCAGGCAGUGUUUGCUUCCGGUGGAAGCCGGCAGUCAGCCACACCAAAGGACAGCGCUGUCCAGAGUGCACAGUCUCCUGCGAUCAGCUCGGACCACAGCUGGGCCUCCUUCCUAUCGCAGCCCGCCGUUGAGAAGGAUAAAGCCGCCGCAAGAUAG